AUGGCGCUCGCUGUAACAGAUCCCUUCAUCAAGCUACCACCGGAGCUACGUAUCCAGGUUCUCGUAUCGACUCGCUGCAAAUCGUCGAUAUCACGGAUAAUUCAAGCCUCUCCCACCAUGCUGCAACAAUAUCUCGCACACAAGAAUUCUAUCUUACGACAAGUGCUUGCCGCCGAAUUUGACUCGGAGAUGAUACAAGAUGCUAUGGCUAUUUUGUCGUUUCCAAGUCGUCGGGGUUCUGGUGAUAGUCCUCGACACAAGCACCGUUCAGAGCUUAUUCGUGCACAUUUGCGGGCUUGGUCAAAUUCUCAGCUGCCCGAUCCUCUCAAGGGUAAAGACGACCACCUGGUGGUUCAGCUCAAUAAAUUACAUGGUCGAAUUCUUCUUUUCGCCGAGGACUAUAUCACCAAAGCUACCGCUUCUUUUCCCCCUCAGGAAUAUCUUUGUCUACCACAAAUCCAGCCGCCAUCAACUGAAGGACAUCUUAUGUUCAAAGGCCUCAAGGUAGCACCGCGAUUCAAUUCCGCCAAUCUCACAUCCUCAGAACGGAAAAGGUUUGUCAAAGCAUUUCUGGUGUAUGAUCUACUAUGCAAGACCAGCAACGUCACCCAUAUUCCCAGCAAGCUACGGCUACGUAAAGUCAGCAACGCCGAGUACGAAGCUGUCGGGUGUGUCCACAGCUACGUCUGUUCCCUAUACGGGGCAAUGCUAGCCCAAUGCAACAAUGCUUAUCUCCCAACCGCUUUGGCGGCGCCUUCAUUACGAACUCAGCUAUUCUUUCCCAUUCCCGACGCCCUUUUUUUUGAUGCGAACGUCUACGCGCCUAAUCUUCGUUUGCUCUCUCGCGACCUUGGCGAUGAUAUUGGGGCCGGUUUCUCAACGCUUGGGCUCGAUCGUCUCACCAAUUUCCUUCGCUACGAUAUGGCUAAGCCAGAUGAAAGGAAAGCACUCGACAAGAAACUCAAAGAUGUCUGGAAGUUUGGAGCCCCUUCUAUCUCCUCUACGUGGGACAUGCACUUUAUGCUGUUACUCGUAUCCAAGCAAAAAUACAAAAAUGGUUGCGAAUCAUCUUUAUACAAUCAGCUCUCUUUGAAGCCCAAGGAGAAACUCAGGUACAAGAUCGGUCAGCAGCGCGCUUGGGUAUUCUUUGAUGACAGUCGCUUUUACCCGCCAGAGAGCACCGAACGACCAACUUUUCCAUCAGAGAGGUUCCUCGCGGAACAACCGAUUAAGAAAACUUUUAUUAAUGAUUGGUUUGAUAGUCUGAGAAAUGAGAAAGGUUAA